CACUAUUCAUCUUGGUUUCAAAGUUUAUGUGUGUAUAUUUGUAUUUGUGUAUAUGUGUGUACGUAUAUAAGUGUUUACUUUCUGUGAGCACCUAUCUAUGAGUAUGAAAUAUCUUGAAAAUUCUUAAAAACGACUCAUAUUACAGAAGUAUUAAAAAUUGUUAAGUGUAGUGGUAUAUUUCUUGGCAGGAACGAACAUUUAUUUCUCUACAAUUGAAAUUACAGUGUAUAAUAGACAAAUACACAUUUGGUGCAUUAUUAUCUUAGUCUACAAUAUAAACGUAUAUACAUAUACUAAAUAUAAUACCAUUUAAAUAUUGAUAAACUGGACUAUUAUUUAUUUAAUAUAUUGUAAAAUAUUCAUUAUACCAUUCAAUAUUCAAUUUUCAAGAAAAUUAGAGGCCGACAAAUCAACUCAUCAUGAACGAAUCUUUUGAUGAUCAGGAUACAGAAUUCACAUAUGAAAUACCAGAUUGUUUAAUGGAUGGAGACUAUAUCGAAAUUCACGGAGUAUGUCAUGGUAAACGAAUCGUUUUUGAAUUAUUAACAGAAGAAGGUUCUACUCACAAUGUAUUUGAUAAAUUACCUUUACAAAUCAUUCUAACAACAGAUGGUCUAGUGACUGUAAUUAGUCGUAAUCCAGAAAAGGUAGCAAAGCAAGAACGUACUAUGGAGAAUGGUAUACAAAUCAAUAAACCUUUCGAAUUAUGCGUACAUGCAUAUAAGAAAUGUUAUGUUGUUAAAUUAAACGGGGAGGACGUUUGUAGCCAAGAUCAUCUUGUACCAUUGAAUGAAGCGUUUGCUUUAUCAAUGCAAGGAAAAGUUGAUAUACUAUCUCUCGAAUUUAAAGACAUGUAUUAUGAUGAAGAGGAAAUGAAUAAUAAUACAAAUAUGUCUUCUGCUAUUAAUAACAGUAAUAGCAUUAGAAUGGAGGAUACACAAGCGGGCUUUGUACGUGUCAAUGAGCUAAGACAAAGUUCCAUACGCAGAAAUGAUCCACCAGUAAUGGUACCAACAAGAACAGGUUCCAAAUUGGACAAACAAUCAAUAAAAAACCAAACACCUACGAUAGCAUCAGAUAUUGCUAUUGCUAAGAGCACUAAAAAUCCGGUAAUUAAUGUAGCUGUCACUGAACGAUUACCAAAAGAGAUGUCUAAAAAACCAGCACCUGAAAUUGCAGCUUAUCUUCAUAAAUCCAAUCCAUCAACUGAAUUUGAUGCACUUAAUUUAACUGGUCGUGAAACACUGUCUGAAGAUACUCAUUUUCCACCUUUUGACAGAAAAUAUUAUGAUGGAUAUGAAAAUAUUGGUAGUCCUUAUGAUACAUUUAAACGCAAGACUUUGGAUGACUCAAGAAAAUCUAUCGAGAUUUCAUCAUUAAGUGAUUUGCACUCACAUGGUAAACUUAAAGGACCAGCUCCAGAAUUAGCAGCUUUAAUUCACUCGAAACAUCCUACUUCAAAUCUAGAAGAUAUAACCAUUGCUCAGGGUUCAGACUCACAUAUAAGACCAUUCACACCAGCUGAUCAAUCACCUAGGCCACAAAGCUAUACUAGAGAACCUUCCUCUGACAUUGCAAAUUUAAAAUUAAAAGGUACAGCUCCUGAAAUAGCGGCGAUAAUACACUCAAGAACUAAAAGUCCUAACCAUGAAGAUAUAACGCUUACUCAGAGCUGUGAUCCAAGCUUUGGUCCGUAUUCUACAGUGGAUACGUCAGGAAAAAAACCCUUAAAGCCAAGUGGAAGUGCAUCAGAGAUAGCUGCGGAUAUACACAAAAACAAUUUAGCAGACCAUCUACCCUAUGCAGAUUACACCUUAACUGGUACUAAUGACAAUGACAUACAAGGAAUAAAGCAUGAACUAAAAGAAAAAGUGCAAUCUUCACGUAAAUCUCGUUCUUUAAGUGAAUAUAUAUCAGACGGUGAUGAAACAGAGAGUGCAGGCAGUGACGUGUAUACUGACAAUGAAUGCUACUUAGAAGUAGGUAAAAGUCAAUACUAUUUUGAUCGUAAACGUUCUCUGAAAAAUUAUCGUUCCAAACGAUCAACAAAAUUGGAACGUGAAGCUAGACGUAAUAUGGGGUUAUAUAAAACUGGGAGUCAAGACUCAGUAAGCAGCAGUAUUUCAUCGCUUAAACCAACUGAUCGGAAAAUGACCCCGAAAUAUAGAAAACGUCCAAGUGCUAAAAAGGAAGAAGUUUCAUCUUGGUUGAACAGCUCUAAUUCACCUUAUAAUCCAAUCCGUGUAGAUGGGAAUAUAUAUCCAAGUUAUACAUCAAAUGUUUAUGCUGCAGCUCCUAUAAUUCAAAAAUCUUUAAUUCAAAACUAUUUAUUAAAAGAUAUUAGUCAGUCAAUAAUAUGUGAUACCACCAUGGAUUUGCCAUAUCCUCUAACAAUUGGACGAAGUGCACUAGUUUAUGGUCAUUUCAAGUACAAUUCAGCUGUACGUCAAUCCUGUUUCAUAAGACUUGAGUUUAAGACCUCCUAUGAAGAACCUAAUGAAUGUGAAACACUUUAUCUUCAAUUGUGGUCUGAUGGUGGUCUGAAUGUUUUGAAGAGCCAAUGCAUGAAUAGCGAAAUUCCAUACAGUACUUCAAAUGAUAUUCAACAUUUAACACUUAAAGAUAAUGAAGUUUGCAAUAAUGAUAAACAACAAGUGAAUUUCACUCUGAAAUUUAUAUCUCAAAGCUUCUAUACUGCUAUUACUUCAAAUGAUCAGUUUACUUUAAUAUUGAAAAACCAAUUCCCGAAAUCUACUAAUUAUCAUUUGACAUCAUUGAAACUUGAAGAUUCAACAAACGCCGAGUUGGAUAAACUUUUUAUGCCAAGGAAUUUAUGUUUACCACUUACUCUUCAUAUGAAAGAUGAGUUCAGUCAAGCAAACACACUAAAUCUUUUGACAAAACUAACUGCUGAUACCAAAAGAGUCACCAUCGAAUACGUUUAUAAACCUAUAAGCAGCUCCGAAUUCGUCUCAAUGCAAAUCCUACUCAAUUUUGAAACAGGUUACUUAAUAAUACAAGAGAUUGCAAAAGAAGCAAGUAAUAUUCAGUAUGCUGAAGAAGAAAUAACAUAUAUUCCUGAACAGAUAUGCAAAAUGAAGUUCAUUUGGUACGAUAACUCAUUAAAGGUCCUUCUUAAUAGUGAAGAAUCAAUAAUGUAUAAUUUCGAACAAUACUAUCCUCUUCAAUUCUUAUCACAUAUACGAAUCAAUGGAGAUUUCAUGCUUUUAAAUGCAGAACUUCAAUUAGAUGAAUAAUAUAAUUUAUUUAACCAAAGUAUUUAUAAUGCAUGUAUGUCUCCUAGCAACAAAAAAUGAAAAUGAAUAUAAAUACAAUACAUAUUGGAUGAUUUGUGACGUUUUAACCAUGACUGAUAUUAAAUAACGUCACAAAAACUAAAAUGUAUUUUACUUAUUAAUUAAUGAAUUAAUCUACUUUAUUUUCUAUUCAACUAUUUCGUAAUAAAAUUUGUUGAACAUUAUUUUAUAGUUAAAGUAUUCUCUUUUUUUCAAUGGGUUGAUUAUAUAAUAUACAAAUGUGUCUUUUGUUCAUUAUUUUCAUUCCUCAUUAUUACCAUUAUUAUUAUUACCUUUAUUGAUAAUAAGUUCGAAUCCUUGAAUUUCUAGAAAUUCUUGUUUUCUUUAUUUUUCAUCAUUGAAUCUUAUUUAUUCAGUAAAAUUUAUUCAUUAUAAAUUUAUAUCUUAAUGUAUUUGUUUAAAUAUGCUGAUCUUAUUAUUAUUAUUAUUAUUCAAACUAUACUAUUGUUGGUUUUCAAAAUGAAUUAUUGUUUUAUUUCUAUAUAUAACUUUUAAAAAAAGAUCUGUUCAAUAUUGUAUCGUAUAGUAUAGAUAAUUGAUUGAUAUUACAUAUACAUUCACAAUGAAGAAAGUCGUUCAGAAAGUAAAAUAUUUAAAAGAUGAUAAUAAUGAGCUUUAUUUAGUGUAGUUUAAAAUGUUUUGUUUAUUUUAUUAUUUUAGUUGUAGGUAAAUGAAAAACAAAAUGUGUUGGUUUCUUAUUUUAUCUAAGUUCAUUUUUUUGUUGUUUUUUUUAUAAAAAAAAGAAAAACGUUUCUUUCUAUUGUGAAUGACCUAACUUGCUUUUUUUAAUUUUUGAAAUUUCAACUUAAUGGUUGUUUUAAUUUUUUUUAAUCAUUUUGUUAAAUUAGCAAAUUUCAUUUUCUCACUUUAAAAAAAAUGAAAUAAAGGAAUAUGAACAGGUAGAAAUGAUGCAAACUGAAAAUAAUAAAAAAACAUAAUUAAUGCUCAGAUAUACUUGGGAAGAAUGUUUUUUAGACAGUUUGAAAAUAUGAAAAAUGAAGAUAAUAACAUUUCUGAAUACUUACCUUAGCAACAAUAUUAAAGACUGGUAAUGUUUGAUCUGAUUUAUACAAGAUUUUGUUGAAUAAUCAAUCAAUCAAUAUGUCUGUAUGAAUAGUUAGUAUCGGUACGAAAUCGGUCUGUUUUGAGUUACUUCUUCUGUGUUUAAUUAAUUCGUGAUUGAUGUAUUAUACUCAGCUAGAAAUUAUAUUGUAGCACUUGCGUUUCUACUGUAUUUUAUUCGAAAACAAAUUCACAAAAAUAUACGUAUAGAUAGAAUCAUUAAUGUAUUUCUUUCCAUUUUCAUAUCAUUAAAAAGGUUUACACUUUAAAUGAAAUAUCUAAGUGGUAAAUGGUGGUUGUAAAUUAAUAAUUUGUCCUAUGAUAAUGUUUAUUGCUAGAAGUCAUUUAGAAUACACAAAAUAGCUUAUAACUUAUUGUGAUCAUUAACUCACAAACCAGUAUGAAUAUAGACCAUCAUAUUCUUCAUUUCUUUGUGUUGUUUAAUACGAAUGCUUUCCAAACAGAAAGAGUACUUAAUUGGAGCAAGUAAAGUUAUAAAAAAUAACUUGCUACGACUGAUAAUGAAAAUAUUAUGAUAAAAUACUUGAUGAUCAUUAUCAAGACGAUUUUAUUGACAAAUAUCAUAGCGACAGAAAUAAGAACUCUAAGUUGAAUUAUUUUUAACACGGAUUUAAAAUUUAGUUUUAUAAAUAACAGUUUGUUGAAAUUGCCUUUGAGAGGAUUAUCGUUCUGUAGGAUGUUUCAUAAAAUACAAAAAUUAUAAGUCGUGUAGAUAAAUGGAUUCGAAUUGUACAUAUUUUUCCCCAUAAUUUUUGUUUGUUCUGACAGAGAUCUAAUUUUAGCGACUUCAUAUUCAAAGUAGCUUUGUAAUGAAGCUUUACUUCUUGUCCUGUUUUAAAGUGUAAAGUGCGUAGAUCAAUGAAAGAUAUGUCUAACUGAAGGUGAGCUUUAUUGCUAAAUUUUCGAUGCAACGGUAUACCGGGGCGACGAUUUUUGCUUAAUUGUUACUCAAGAGAUAAUAAUGUAAUGGUUCUUUGAUAUAUCGUAUCUAAGACAUGUCGUAACUGUGUAUUUAUUAGAGUUUAUUUGAUUGUCAUAAAACUUAUCUAUGUCUGUGAAAGCAGUCAUUUAAAAACACAUUUUUGAUUUAAAAUACAUUAAGACCUUAAUGGUCAGCACUUUUUUUCUGGUUCGCGAUUUUUUAGAGAGUAAGAUUUCUACGGGAUGUAGUCGCCCCCGGAGGGGCUACAGGUGGAGUGUUGAUUUCUCCAACUGUUGUAAUAAAUAAAAUAUGUAUCCACAAACUAAACCUUUCGUUAUAUGAAUGAAAUCGGUAGGAAACAUUUCCAUAAUAAACAAAUGAUUAAUGAUGAUGAUAAAUGUUAAUAAUAACAAACAAAAUCCUAAAUAAGAUAUAAUUACGAAACAUAUUGUAUUGAAGUACAAACGGAAGCAAAUUACCUUUCCGUUACAGUAAAUAGCUUACAUGUAAACAAGCAUUAAGUACUUAUGUGUAUCGAAUACAUUAUUUAAUUUUUAUACAUCUGACUUACAUCCAUAUAAGAAAUAACACCCACAUUAUGGCGAGCAUCAUCAAACAAAGCCACUCCUUGUUUAUUCAGCAUCAUCAACAAAGUAUCACUGAACUUUAGAAUUGAUUAACUUCGGAGGUUACCUAUUUUUCAACUAAAACUGUAUGAAAACUGUUUCGACAUAAGCCAUUAAUAGGUAGAACUUAUAAGUCUUUAAAGUAUUUAUUAUUUUACAAUACUUUCGAUAAAACGAGCAACCAUUUUAUCUGUGCCGUUACCGCAUAAAUAAAAAAAGUAUGUUAGGCAUUAAUGUAUGACUUUAGUAAUCCUGUGUCGAUAAGUAUGGAAUGAAUAGCUUCUGAAAUUGCUCAACAUAGAUAUACAUCUUCAGUCGGGGAUAAUAACAAAAGUAAAAAUAAAAAGUAAAGUAUGGUACCAUUUCGAUUGUGCUCUACAAAUAACACCAUACUCUCCUUCAAACUGUUAAGGAAAUAGCAGUUAACAACAAACAAUAAAUAAUUUUGAUACUAUUCAAUUGUAUUCUAUUUGUAAUUUGCUGAUACAACCAAAUAAUUAACAAUUCUAAUAGAGUUUACAAGUUCAUAAAUCAAUAUCUUGAAUAAAAUCAACCAAUUAAUUAUUUUAUUUUAUUAAUUUUUUUAAAAUUAUUAUGUUACUGCCAAAUGCAUAUGAUGCAGACAAAUAUGCUUUUGUUUUAUGUGGGUAUUCAAAUAGAUUGGCGCCAAAUAUAUAUAUAUCUUAAUGAUGUGC